UGUCCAGUGUCUCUCUUGUUUGUCUGGGGAGAUGACGGCCAUGGCUCUGUCCACCCUGUACCUCACUGUCCUGCUGCUAUCUCUGGGAAGUGGAGCGCUCCCUGACGUCCCAUCCAGCGGCUGGUGUAGUCCGGGACACAACGGGCCUCCUGGCAGAGAUGGCAGGGAUGGCAAAGAUGGACGAAAUGGAGAUGCAGGACUUAAAGGGGACAGAGGAGAACCAGGUGAGCCAGUCCCUGGUCCUCCAGGUAAAGUGGGUCCUGCUGGCCCAUCUGGUCUUAAAGGAGAGAAGGGGGAAGUGGGACAGCCAGGGCCUGUAGCGACUGAUCCCUUGACGAAAUCCUUACUGGCAGAUGUCCACAGAAUCACAUCCAGGCUGUCUGUUUUAGAGAAAGCCGUAAGUUUUCGUGUCGUCCGAAAGGUUGGAGAGAAGUAUUAUGUGACAGAUGGCUUUGUAGACACAUUCGAUGCUGGUUUGAAGUUCUGCAGAGAUGCUGGAGGGGACAUUGUCCUUCCAAAAAGUGAAGAAGAGAAUCAAGCUGUUCUAGAGAUACUAACACCACGCGUGCUAUAUGGAUGGAUUAGGGCGACAGACAGAAAAACAGAAGGAAUCUUUCUGGACACAGACGACAGUCCACUGACCUUCACAAAAUGGAAGCCAGGAGAACCCAAUGACGCUGAUGGAAAUGAGGACUGUGUCGUUAUCUACAGCUCGCAUAAGAUGUGGAAUGAUCUCGGUUGUGACAGCAAAUGUCUUGUAGCAUGUGAAAUAAUUCCCUGAUACAUUCACAGCACAUUAGGCCUACGGAUAUGGUUCUCAAGAUACAGGAGGGGAUAAUGUUUGGUUGGUACGGAACGUGGAAAUUGCAUGUAACUGAUGAACACAAUACUGUAUUAGAUACUGUGGGAAUCAUUGAAAGAAAAUAAAAGCUCUGAAUGGUAUGACAGUUGUAUUUCCCAUUAUUCAUAUCAUAUCAUUAUUCAUAUUAUAUCUUAGCCAUUAAUUUAAUUAUAUUUGCCACUAGUUGCAUCAGAUGUUUUUUUUAUAUGCAUGAAGACUAAACUGUAGCCCAUUCUAAAGAUGCAGGCUAUGUGCUGUGCAAUAAAGGACAUGCCUUUUACACUCUACCUAAUAUUCACCAGUUGGUGGCAAUCUAAACUCCCUCACGUUCCUGCUCAUCUUUGCAAUAAGUGAAUGCAUUCUUCUAGUACUCUUUUUUUAAUCUUAGAACAGAUGACUUUGUCUUUUUUCUUUGUAUAUCU